GCAUCGCGAAAGGAAGUACAAAAAAACUUAUCGCAAUGAAAGGAAGUGCACCGAUGCUAAAAGUUGUCAAUUUGAUAUCGAAGUACGCUGCCAAACGACCCAAUUUUCUAUUUUUCUGUCACCUCAUUCUCAUACUCAUUCGACUGGCAUGCUUCUAGUCAAGUUGUUUUACGAGUACUACUUGUCAGAUGCUUCGUGGUUUGGACCACAUCUUCAAGUAGAAGAGACGACAACCUCCACGACGGCAAACUAGAACUCGGAACCCUAAUGCGUUAAAAAAAGGGCGUAGUGUCGUGGCUCCUGCUUUUAUUAAUGCGAGCAUGACGCAACAGAAGCCUUGCAGUAGCGAGUUUUUCCAUUGCACAAGGAAAAGUGAAAAAUAGAUACGUCGCGAGAGAAGUGGAGAGUAGUGUAGUACAGUGUGCACGCCCAACAUCCGGACAGCACUAGUUCGGCCCUAUUUCACGCCUGAGCACGAGCAGUAGCAGCGCAAGUAGAAGAGAAGGAGAACCAACCACCUACGGAUACGGUCGCUCCCGCUCGCGAAAGAACAACAAAAUUGACAUCGUCGAGGUUAUUCUGGAACAAUAAUUGGAAGCAACAGUAGAAGUAGACCCGGCUCCUGAAUUAUAAUUCCUCCGCCACGCUGCAACACUGACACUGAGGGCUCCUCAGCACACACGACGAAACGGGCUCCAAAGCACAUACACGUCUUCUUCUUCACCAUCCCCAUCCGACAUCGAAACGACCCUCCAAGAAGUCUGUUUUCAACCCGGCAUUGUCGCGCGCUCGUCAUCGAGAACUACAGCGGGGCAGCAAGAUAGUAGGAAGCGAAGGACCGUUGUUUUCAUUUUCUCCGCGGCGCAGCUUUUGGAUUCAACAGCUUGCGGCGGGAACGACCAACCAGAUCCUGUGCUGUCGAAGAAACAAGAAUGGGGCAAGUCUUCGGCAGCAAGAAAAAAGCAGCAAGAAUCGCUGCACUCGAUGGCGAAAUUUGCGAAACGAAGAAGGGACCCAAGAGCAGGAGCAAGAUGGAGAGGGAAGGGAGCAGCGGUUCCCUCGGAGCAGAUGCGGCAGGGAGCACCGGAAAGGGAAUCUCAUAUCACACAGAAAAAAGCCGGCAGGCCAUGUUCGUAAGUAUCAGGAUGCACAGAAAAGAAUAAAACCGCACAGGAUCAGGAACAUCUGUCAUGAUGGGCAAGCUCAUGGCAUGCUGAGUCUUGUAUGCAAGAAGAGGUGGAAGAGACACAUUUUUCUGUGACUGGUGACUUUCUUGCAGUUGUAUGCGAACAAUCACUGCCGGCUUUAUUUUGUGGGAUAUCUCAUCCGCAAAAAUCAGUACGUCAAGUUCGUCUUCGACAGCCAACGUGACAACCGCACUUUGCUAAAAAAUACAAACGUGUCUGGGUCUGGUGGGUUGCUGCGCGCAUUUUUCAAGCAUCUUUUGGAUCACACCGAUGGUGAUGGUCUGAAAUGCGCGGAGAAAUGUUACACUUUUUGAGCAUCGUCUUGAAGUCCGUCCAGAGACAGAGAUUCGCUCGUCGCGUAGUGACCACAAAUGCGCAAGUUUAUGCAACUAAAGUUUCAUUUUUAUUUCGCUUUUGCGUGAUAUAAUAUCGAGAGUCUAGCUAGCUGUUCGCGCCUGCUUGUUUCCAGACCCCGACAUAUUUUCACUGCAUAUCUGCGAAUCAUCAGCCACUAGCUUGACCUCGCAUAUCACGGGAAAAGCAUGUUUCAGUUACUUACAAAUGAGUUGCCAAUGAAUUCAGAAAGAGCAAGACAAAACAAUUUUCUCUGCAUGAAAGAGAAAGCUUGCAGUGCAGGGAUCAUCCGGGAAAACACGUAUGAAACGAGGCUCGAAAGCGUUUCGCGCAUGACCAAGAUUGUCUGUCGUGCCGGUUCUGCAGCACACACUUUUUCCAUUGCAUAUUGCUGCGCGGAGAGAUAGUAGAUACGUUCGGCGAAUCCAUCGCGAAUCAAAUGCUCUCGCCGAAGUGGGAUAACAGAGAAGUAUAGAAAGCAGAUUUUCUCCUUUCCCACUUGGUUUAUUGAUGAAGAACAUAUUUCUAUUUUAUUUAUACAGAAAUCAUUCUGGACGUCAGUGGAAACACAAACACGAACAUCUGGUCCUAGUACCCCUAAGUUUUUUCAAGCAUGUUGUACGUCAAAGUCUUACCACGUGCGCUGAUUGCAUGCCUUCCAGUUCUUUCUUCGUUCUGACGAUUUGUUUUCCUGCUGUUGUCGGAGCACGAAUCGAGCAGCUCUAACGCGUUGAAGAGCUGCAUCAUGUUGCUAUCCAUAAUCCUGCUUCAUGAUCCUUCCUCUGCAAGAGCAUCACGCUCGGCCUCGGACGUAUAGACUCGCACGACAUACUCGUAAUGACCCGGAUUUCCUUUUUUGCACCCCGCAUCUACAUGCUGCCUUUGCAACGCAACUAAUUCUCCAUGUGGUAAAAUUUUGCACGCAAAAACUUUUUCUACUUCUACAAGCAUUAGUAUGUAUACUUCUUUUGCAUUAAAAAUUCAUACUCCCUUGACAGACGGCCUUGCGACGAAUUGCAAGUGCUGUCUCGGCGACCAACGCGCUUCUGACGUGCGGAAUUCUGGAAAACAUAUCAUUUGCAAAUAUGUUAUCUGGGACUGGGUUCUGACGAAGAAAUGACUUCACGUUUGAUAUUAUCCCGGCAUGCGAGAUAAGCGGUUGUAUGCCGAUGCGGCACUUUGCCGUCCACAUGCAUCUCAGAUCCGAGGAAACCCCGGGGCAUGAAAGUGUAGUUAUGUUGUGACAAGCUUCUUCAGUAUUCCAGACACUCUAGAGAAGAUAUUUGCAGUGGAUAGAACAGUAUCCUGUGCAAAAGUAUCGCGCUCGUGCUAAUUGCAGUUGCAAUCACACCCACGCAUCAUGACAAAUCUCUUAGUAAGGUAGGUCAGCACUUCAAAUCUCGCUUUUCAGCUAUUAAAAAUGAUUUUGAUGAAAUUUGCACUAGAAGUGCGACACUUUUGCUAAGCAUAAACAGCUGUAACGACAAGGUUUUCAGUGUUAUCCUCGCCAGUCACGAGUGCUUCCUGCGAGUCUUGCAGUUGCAAGUGGUACAUCAUGCUUACAAUUACUGUCUGUUGCAGUUGGGUACGUCAUCAUCAUCAUACUGUCUGUGUUGUGUUGAUGUUCCUUCCCGGGGAGAGUUUCUUGAUCUUGUGCACUGCCUCAGCUAAUAGCAGUUUUCUUCAUUUUAUUGCUAUAGCGGAGAAAUGAAGUCAUUCUUUUUGUUUUUUGUAUAUCAAAUGAAGGUAGUGUUGACCACUUUAUUUUUAUAUACUUCAGGAGCGAGCGCGCUGCUUGGAUUUGGUCAUAAGUUCGAUCUUGCCGAAAAGUUGGGUCCAAGCGCCCAAGGUAGCGAAGUCAGCGAAGCUUGUGGCUAUGGGAGUGUCAGGCUCGUAGAAAUCGACCGGUAGUUUGGCGCGAAAUUUGAAUUUGGAAGUGGCGCAUGAAAAUGCUUGGAAGGACGAGGGCCUGAAUCCGAUGAAUGCGUCACCCUGUUUUGGAGAAAGCAGACUGCUUUAUUUGUCACGCUCCGUCACGGGUCUAUCACUUCACCAUCUCUGACCCUAGAGGAGGAAAUGCAUACAAUCGGCCUCACUUGUCUGCUCCUCAAUACAGGCAACCUUCUAUUGUGCCAUGUACUUUAAACUCAAGAAUUGUGCGAAUGCAUAUUUCAACUUUGUCGAUUUCAAGCCUGACGCUUCGACAGUGGUCCGGUAUUUCGUAGAGAAUUUUCCGGAUGCGACCUCGGACCUCAUAUCCACAAAAAGGAACCAUCCCCAUUCACUUUGUCUUCACGCAAAGCAUCUAUUGAAGCCUGUGUUUGUGAUGCAAAACUUGGAUGGGGGUGAGGUGUUUUUGUUCUGGAUAUCUCAUCAAAGAGCUCUACAACCAAGCCGAAGACGUGUCAAGGCGCGCUAUAUGCGUUGCAAAUUUGUCCGGGUCUCGAAACAUGUGACUUUGAAUUACGCAUAUAAAAAAAGCACCUUUACUUGCUGCGGCCGAGCAUGGAAAGUUUUUACAGCACUCUGCUCUGCACGCAGUACUGUCCCUAGAACUCCUUCGAUCGAAGCUGCUUGCGACGAUGGCGCAAUACUUUUGCUGUGAGUGGCAGUGGUGCAGUCGGGUGUGCAUGACAAAUUGUAUUUCAUUUGCAUGAUGUUGAAGAUGAGCAGCGAGGCAUCGCCUUUACUGGUCACGCAACACAGAAGAUGCCGCAGGCGUGUAAGACACACGCGAGAGGCUGCAAACUUCCAGACCUAGACAUUUUUGCAGUGUAUACGCCACCGUGUACUACAAGUGAAGCUCGUCUUACUUUCAUAUACCUAUAUGAUACGUUUUAUUUCUACAGAAGCAAGUGCAGCUCCUACGCUUUUACUUUCAUUUCCCCUACUUCGUAUUAUUUUCUCACGCCACAGCAUACGGACAUGCGUUUUUUCCCAGUGAUGUUGUACAUGGGUCGUCUCGCUGCUGAUUGAUGAAAGACUUGUUAAGAGUGUGGCGUAUUAUGAUUUUGUUUAUUGCGUCGGUCUACAGGUGCCUGGGUGCGUUGGAAGUUUUGGACUUGGUUCUGCAAGGAGACAAGGUCGCAAAGAAGUUUGAGGACGCAAAAGAGGCCUGUAUCGACUUGCUCCGACUAGGGUUUCAGGACGGUCUCGGGCCAAAGAUCCGGUUUCGUGCCACGACAGUGGUCAACAGGAUACGAGACGUCGUGCAUGAAGAUGUACUACAAGUGGUGUUUUUUCAUUUUACUUAUUUCGUGUCAUACUCAUACGUCGUGAAACUCAUCAUUCUUGAAUGAUCUCGGCACUACGAUCAUGAACGAAGUCCAAGCUACUUAUAUUUCUAAAACUUCCUCUCUGCUUUAAAGUUUAUGCAUUGUGCUGACCUGCUCCUGCAUAUUUUUCGCAUUCAUUUACAUGAUCCUCAUUCGAUCUUUCCAUCACAGGAGUUGGAGCCAUUGUUUCGGGACCUGCGGCCGGCAGUCGUGAGUCAAAUAAAUCGCGCCCGAAGCUCCCAGGCAGAGCCGGAGAGUCAGCAGCAGGCUCAUCUCUCCGUAACCAAUGCGCACCAUGUGGUGGUCGGCGUAAAACAGGCCAUGAAUGGAAAAAACAAGAACAACAUCAAGUACCUGGCUGACAUAGACGGAGACGAACUUCUGAUGGUACUAGUUUAAACUUUGUUUCUUUCUGUUUUGCGUUCCUAUUUUCCGCGGAACACAAAAAAGGGCCGAAGUAGAAGGUGUGAGCAUAUUAGUAACUCUAACUUCGUCAACAACCUCCUGGUCCCUCGCUGGAGGAAUGAAUCCUCGUUAUCGCAGGAGAAAAAGAUGAUGAGAAAGAGAUUUAUACGCCAGAACAUCACAAGCAAGUAAUGACUCUGACACACUCACCCAAAAUCAUGACUCGUAGGACGCGAUUCUGGACGAGGCCGGCAUUGUGUUUCAAAAGAGCCUAUCCCUUGCAAGAGCAUAGCACGAUGAGUAAUUCAUGAAGAUUUUUGAAUUACACGAGUGUUGUUGCUCAGCAUGCAAACCUGACUCUGCAGCCUAAAGACAAGAAAAUAUCAUAUCAUGUUGAGUCUUGUCAUGCAGUACAACUACAACGAACUACAACUACACUAAGAAUCACUACACGUACGGUACUUUUGCGGAGGAUAGAGCGAUCGCGUCUCUGGGGAUGAUUCGUCGACCUCCGUUGGUGGAAGCACGCGUGACUCCUUUGGCCUGCGCUCGGCGGACCUGCUUACGUAA